CCCUAUUUUGUAGAAGACCUUCCGGGGCCCAGUUAGAAUGCCCAGAUGAGAAACACGGAUCUGGUUGGAUCUGACCAGCGACAAAGGCGCCAAACAGUCCGCAUUUGAGGCCAAAAUCACAUAUAUGAUCGUUUAACACGAUGGCCAACCCUCCUAAUAAGCCAGAGGUCACUAAGGAAGGCCCUGAGGAGCCCGGACAGCCCAAAAAUUACAAAUAUGGCAACAAGACUCUGAGUGCCAAUGCUUAUGUCAACGCGCUUAAGGACGCUAAGACAAAGAACCGCGCUUGGUGGUGGUUUCGCUUCAACGUCGUCCUCGCGGCGGGUUCGGUGAUGACUGGACCCCGCCAAGCAUGAAUGGUGUAGCGUGCGUGCGGCUGUGCGUGCUGCCGUGCCCCCGUGCGUGUGAAGGUGUGCAGUCACGCGCAGCAUAAACCAUUGUUCAGGACGUUAGUUUGCGAUUUGGAAAGAUGGUAUGGACGAAUGGUGUAGCGUGCGUGUGGCUGUGCGUGCGUGCGGCUGUGCAUGCUGCUGUGCGUGCGGCUGUGUGUGAGCGGGCGGUGCCCCAGUGCGUGUGAAGGCGUGCGUGCUGUCAGGUGCAGCGUGAACUGACAAGCAUAGGCUGCACAACAGUAAACCCAGGUUGCGGUGUGUUGCAGUGUGGUAAGUGCCGACAGGUGUGG